AUGGGAAGUACAGAGAAGAAACCCGUGGCGCGGCGCGUGCACAUUGCAGACCAGCCAAUAACUUUGUUUAAUUGGUACCAGCACAUCAACUGGCUCAACGUCACUUUCAUCCUCGUUGUUCCAUUCAUCGGUCUUAUUUCUGCAUACUUGUAUCCUGCUCAUUUAUAUACCAUCAUCUUUGCUGUCGUCUAUUAUUUCAACGCAGGUCUUGGCAUCACAGCAGGCUAUCACCGCCUUUGGGCUCACUCGUGCUACAAAGCCCGUCUCCCCCUCAAAAUCUACCUCGCCGCUUGCGGUCUCGGAGCCGCGCAAGGGUCGAUCCUGUGGUGGUCGCGCGGCCACCGCGCGCACCACCGCUACACCGACACGGACAAGGAUCCGUACUCGGUGCAAAAAGGCUUCUGGUACUCACAUAUCGGGUGGAUGGUGCUGAAGCAGAACCCGAAGCGCAUCGGCCGCGCCGACGUGACGGACCUCGACGAGGACCGCGUCGUCGUGUGGCAGCACCGACACUACAUUCCCGGCGUGCUCGUCAUGGCGCUCGCGCUGCCGACCGUCGUCUGCGGCCUCGGCUGGGGCGACUGGCGCGGCGGCCUCGUGUACGCGGGCGUGCUGCGCGCCAGCUUCAUCCAGCAGGCGACGUUUUGCGUAAACUCGCUCGCGCACUGGCUCGGCGAGCAGCCCUUUGACGACCGCAACUCGCCGCGCGACCACGUCUUGACGGCGCUCGUCACGCUCGGCGAGGGCUACCACAAUUUCCACCACGAGUUCCCGUCCGACUACCGCAACGCCAUCGAGUGGUGGCAGUACGACCCCACAAAGUGGGCGAUUUGGAUCUGGAAGCAGCUCGGCCUCGCGUCGGACCUCAAGCAGUUUCGGCGCAACGAGAUUGAAAAGGGCCGCGUGCAGCAGCUGCAAAAGACGCUGGACCGGAAGCGCGCCCGGCUCGACUGGGGCACCCCGAUUGAGGACCUGCCCGUCGUCUCGUGGGACGAGUUUGUCGAGCAGGCCCGGGAUCAGGGACGGGCGUUGACGGCCAUUAGCGGCGUGGUGCACGACGUCGCCGAGUUUAUCGACGAGCAUCCUGGUGGGAAAGCGCUCAUUUCUUCAUUUGUGGGCAGAGAUGCGACGGCCGUGUUUAAUGGAGGUGUAUAUGACCAUUCGAAUGCAGCGCACAAUCUGUUGUCGAUGAUGCGUGUUGGCGUGAUUCGUGGUGGCGGCGAGGUGGAGAUUUGGAAGGCUGGUGGUGGUGGUGACGCAAAAGCAAAGUUGAAAGAACCAAUUUCAUAG